ACAAAGAAAUUCGUUUGUAGCUUAAACAUUAUAAAUGCUCGUCCCUUUUUCAACAUUCUCCAGAGUUACAGGGCGUAAGCGGGAAUUGAACUCAGUGGUAGGCGACUCAGAAGAAAGCAACAGGUUAAGUUGAAUACAGAAACUUUACUACGAUUAUGAGUGCACUUAAACUUGUCAUCGCAACUCUGACACUGAUUGUUCUGGUACAAUCCGUGAUUUCCAUCAGAGGAUUCAGAAGAAAACGAUAUAGAAAUCCAUAUAGAUACGUCACAAGAUGUAAACCGCAAACCGAGAAAUGUGUUUCUCUCAGAUGCGGCAGAAUUUCAAGAAUUGCCCAUCUGCCAUUUAGUUACAGUUAUGCCUGCUGCACUGGAAGAUUAUAUGAUGAAAGGAAUUAUGUCUGUGUCCGUUACCGCUACCGUCGUUAUUCAAGAAUCGUAUUGCAAAGAUGUAAUCCAUGUCGCCAAUUUAGAUGUGGCAGUGGAGAAUGUACAUUAAAACGAUGGCGAUGCAAUAACGUGAAAGAUUGUACUGAUGGAAGUGAUGAGGUUGGUUGUCGUAAGUGCCGUCGUAGAUCAUAUCUGUUUGCUUGCAGAAGUGUAAAAAGAUGCGUUCAUAAAAGCAGAGUUUGUGACAAAAUCAACAAUUGUGCAGAUGGAUCUGAUGAAGUUGGAUGUCCAACUCCACGUGGCAACAAAUGUGGACCAAACUCCUAUCGUUGCCGAAAUAACAAGUGCAUUCACUGGAGAUUUGCAUGCAAUGGUUAUAAUAACUGUGGAGAUUGGUCUGAUGAAAAAGGUUAUUUCUGUAGAAGGUAUGGACUUCUAAGACGUCGUCGUGGAAGAUUAGGUAAAAAACGAGACGAAAUUCCCAAUGAUGAUGUGAGCAAUGAUGAAGUGAGCAAUGGUGGGGAUGGUGAAACAGGAACUACUUCCGGCUGAAUUUUUGAUUUGAGAACUCGUUUAUACUCAGGAUUAGGUAGUUUCACAAUUACUUUGCAUUAGCGUGUAGUUUAUUGAUUUACUUGUAACUUUUUUU